AUGAACAUUCGCAGUUACAGAUAAACGAUAGUAAACGAUAGUGGUGUCCGUAUUCACUUUGUAAUAUAACUUCGGAGAUCCACAGAUAGGUGCGUGUUAUCGCGAUGUUGUUGGCACACGCCAGACGUGCCGCCGUAGUUUCUACACGCAUGGCAGGUACCAUACGAGGCACAUCGAUAUGCCGGACAUAUAGCAAAGACACAGGCGGCAAUGUAAGCAAUCAGCCUGUUAUAGAAUUGGGAGGAUUAACUCAUAAAAUUAUAUCGCCAAAGAAUCCAUUGCUGGUCCCAACCAAGUAUCUGGGCGAUGAACUGCCGCAGAAUCUGCUUAAACAUAUGCGAUGGAUGCUGCAGAAGGAUAAACUGGGGCAGGAUAUGUUUCUGAUUGGUGCGCCUGGGUCACAACGGCGACGACUGGUUAUGGCCUUUUGCGAGAUGACCCAGAGAGAGGUGGAGUAUGUCUCACUUUCUCGUGACACAACCGAAUCCGAUCUCAAACAGCGUCGAGAAAUCAAGGCGGCAACUGCCUACUACGUCGACCAGGCCGCUGUGCGCGCUGCUAAGGAAGGUAAGUAA